UGCUCCAAGCGCUUCACGCGUGCCUACAACCUGCGCUCUCAUCUGCGUACGCACACGGACGAGCGGCCUUUUGUGUGCCCUGUCUGCGGCAAGGCCUUUGCCCUGCAGCACGAACGCGAGCGCCACGAGGGCCUCCACUCGGGCGAGAGGAAGUUUGUGUGCAAGGGCGACCUCAAGGCUGGGGGCCAGUGGGGCUGCGGCCGGAGAUUUGCCCGCGCUGAUGUCCUCGGACGGCAC